UUUGCCCAAACAUGGAUCUCAAACCAACACCUUGCUCACCUAUUUCGCCCAGAUUCCCAAAACCCACCUCACUUGUAACGCCCUCGCAUCGGUUUCCAUGCUCAGAUCGCAGUGUGAGCCUGAAAUGGAGAGUCAGCUGUGCUGCAAAGGCCAAAGCUCAUGAAAACACUAGUCAGGAACUCAUUGGGUCCAUUGGAAAAGGCUUUCUUGCGUUUUCUGUUGCCGCUGCUGCCAGUUUUUCUGUGUGUUUUGAUUCUCCGGCGAUGGCUGAGUCGUUGACCGUUGCUUUUCCGGUUUCUCGCACUACUGAGGUGAACUCAGUACAAAGAACUCUUGUGGAGGCUUGGGGUUUAAUUAGAGAAACAUUCGUAGACCCAACAUUUAAUCACCAAGAUUGGGAUCUUAAGUUGCAGCAAACAAUGGUUGAAAUGUUUCCUCUUAGGUCAGCGGAUGCAGCUUAUACGAAGAUCAGUGGAAUGCUUUCUACACUUGGUGAUCCCUUUACGAGGAUUAUUAGUCCAAAGGAAUAUCGAAGUUUUCAAAUUGGAAGCAAUGGAAAUUUACAAGGAGUUGGCCUUUUCAUAGGUACUGAACCGAGAACAGGCCAUCUGGUUGUUAUGUCUUGUGUAGAUGGUGGCCCAGCUGCUCGUGCUGGUAUUCAUGAGGGAGAUGAGUUGGUUGAAAUUGAUGGAGAGAAGCUUAAUGGUGUUGACACUGAAUUAGCAGUGCAGAAACUCAGAGGUCGAGUUGGAACAACUGUUACAGUAAAAGUUCACAGUGGCAAUGAUUUGGAAACUGAUGCUAGUGUAAGAGAGGUGAAACUACCUCGGGAGUUCAUUAAGCUUUCCCCUAUUUCAACCGCAACCAUCCCUCAUAGAACCCCAGAUGGACAUUUAACAAAGACGGGUUAUGUGAAGCUGUCAGCCUUCUCUCAGACUGCUGCAGCUGAUAUGGAAAAUGCUAUCAAGGAAAUGAAGAGUCAGGGUGUACAUUCGUAUAUACUGGAUUUGAGAAACAAUCCGGGGGGACUAGUGAAAGCCGGACUUGAUGUUGCCCAAAUUUGGCUGGAUGGGGAUGAAACUCUAGUGAAUACUGUUGAUCGGGAAGGAAACUUGUUACCAAUUAAUAUGGUAGAUGGGCAUGCUAUCACCCAUGAUCCACUUGUUGUGCUCGUAAAUGAGGGCAGCGCAAGUGCAAGUGAAAUCUUGGCAGGGGCACUGCAUGACAAUCGUCGAGCUACUCUUGUGGGUCACAGAACCUUUGGGAAAGGAAAAAUUCAGAGUGUCACUGAGUUGCAUGAUGGAUCGGCAUUAUUUGUCACGGUGGCAAAGUAUUUAUCGCCAGCGCUUCAUGACAUCGACCAGGUUGGCAUAGCUCCUGAUGUUCAAUGCACAACUGAAAUGCUCAGUUCUCCAAAGGAUUCAAUGUCGAAGAAGCAGAACAGCCCAGUUUCAUCUCUAGAAGCAGAUUCCUGUGUUUUGGUAGCAGAACAUGAAUUGGACAUUCAAGAGUCCAAAGGCACUGCUUCUUGAAGACAGGAUCUUAUCAUCUCUUGCAGUAAUUUAGUACGCGUAGUAUAUAAUAUAUAUAUAGAAAUUUAUGGUAGUUAUAGAUGUGAAAGAAAAUUGCAAUAGGGCAGGGUCUGCAUAUACUUGAGUAAUCUGUACAUGUUGUGCAUGGAAGUUAGAAGUAGAAUAUUAGUGUAUGAUCUACUGUUUGGAAAC